AUGAGUCAACAAGGAGAAGAAUUUGCAGAGCAGUUGGAAGCAGGAUUUGGCAAGGCUACCGAGUUGAUACAAGAAGAGUUGUCAGAACUCGUAACACAUUGGAAACUGAUCAUUAUUGGU